GAGACAAAGCUCAGUCAUCUCUGAAUUGGAUGUGUGAGAGGAGGAUAUCCAGCUACUGGAGGAUACAGGAGGGAUCUGCUCUCAGCUGCACACUUCUGCUGUAACUGUUUGCUGAAGUGGGGAGUAAAAGUCUAUUAUCAAUGAAGGAGAGAAGAAGCCAGAAACUGUCAAGCAAGUCAGUCAUGGAUCCAAACCAGAAUGUGAAAUGUAAAAUUGUAGUGGUCGGGGACAGCCAGUGUGGAAAAACUGCCCUCCUUCAUGUGUUUGCUAAGGACUCAUUUCCAGAGAAUUAUGUCCCCACUGUAUUUGAAAAUUACACUGCCAGUUUUGAAAUUGACACACAAAGGAUAGAGCUGAGUCUUUGGGACACAUCUGGAUCUCCUUAUUAUGACAACGUCCGUCCGCUUUCCUAUCCAGAUUCUGAUGCGGUUUUAAUAUGUUUUGACAUCAGCCGUCCGGAGACUCUAGACAGCGUUCUGAAAAAGUGGAAAGGUGAAAUUCAGGAGUUUUGCCCCAAUACUAAAAUGCUGUUGGUUGGAUGCAAGUCUGAUCUGCGAACGGAUCUUAGCACACUGGUUGAACUGUCUAACCAUCGGCAAGCACCGGUAUCUUACGAUCAGGGAGCAAACAUGGCUAAACAGAUCGGAGCUGCCACGUAUAUCGAAUGCUCUGCCUUACAGUCCGAAAACAGUGUGAGGGACAUUUUUCACGUCGCCACGCUAGCUUGUGUAAAUAAGGCUAACAAAAAUCUGAAAAGGAAUAAGACACAAAGGACAACAAAGAGAAUUUCACACAUGCCUAGCAGACCUGAACUGACUACAGUAUCCACGGACUUGAGAAAGGACAAAGCAAAGAGCUGUAGCGUGAUGUGAAGGUCACAACCUGACUUUCUUUAUGGCCUUGAAAAUCAUAUUCUAGAAACGGUGAAUACUGAACGGAAGGCACAGCCAAAGUCAUAAAUUCAGACGGUAAAAGGAUAUACUUCACAUUCUGUUUGGUACUUUAAGGAUUCAGCAUGUAGCCCGAGUGAAGGAGAUUCUGAAAUGCUAUUUGGAAGAGAUGCCACAAAAAAAAAAUGGCGGAAGGGAAAAAAAGUGAAAGGAAUGUGUAGAAUGAAGAACAAAAGUGUAUUCAUCUCGAAGAAAACUGAUCAAACUCAAAUUCCUCUUUUCUGUAACUAAAAGCAUUCAUUACCCAAGAA